CCUCGUUAGAGCCCGGGUAGCAGGGGUGCUGGCGGGGGUGCACCACCGAGAAAGCGGGAGGGAGGGUGGGAGCAGACUGCAGGGGAAUGAAUGAACAGCCGCUUUUGCAUUCUUCGCGGGGAGGUGGGGGGGUGCAGGCUGGGGGGUUGUGGGGGAAGGCAUCUGGCUGCCAAGCCCAGGCUGUGGAGAGAGAGUAGAGGAAGACAGCCCGCUACAUGGUCGAUCUGCUUACUGGGCGCCCUCCUGGCUCUGGGGCUCUCUCCUUCCACCCAGCAGAGCCCUUGUUUUUGUCUCUCCCCAGGUGGGAGGGCGCUGUCAAUGGCACAGGAACAAGUGUUGCCCUGGUGACCCGGUGCUUGGGCUGGGGAAGGCCCUCCAGACCCGCUGGUGCCCGGGAACACUGUGGGCCAAGCCCCUGCCCCUUGGGCCAGCCUGUUAGCUCUGCACCUUCGCCUGGUGUGUCAGGGCAGCCAAGGCUGUCUGUUCUGAGGGCUCCAGAACACCUGGUCUCAAGACUCACGGGAUGAGGCAAAGACGGGGAGGGUCGUAUGAAUGCAGGCGACUUCUCUGGCCCGAGAGUCAGGAAAUCUGGGAACUGGGCCCGGCCCCGUGUGAUCUUGGACAAGUAGCCUCACCUUACUGGGCUUUGGUUUCCCCACCUGUACGAUAAAAGUUUUGGAUGAAAUGAUCUUACGGGGGACCUUGCAGCUGGAAUUCAGUAUCUGGUCAGUGGGAGAAAGGAGGGUGAAGGAGCAUCAUUUGAGGACCUGGGCAAACGUGUGCAGACUGGCAGGAUCUUGGGGACGACAUCUCAGCCCCCUACCCCUGCCUUCAGCAAGGGCUUGGCCUGCAGCAGCCUAAGGCAUCAGGGAAAGCAGAGUCUCUCCUGAUGAACACGUCUCUGGUACAGGACCACGGAGGUGGGGGGAUUCCCCUCAGCCCCCCAAGGACCCCACACAAUGCCUGCUGGUGUGUAUGAUCAGGAAGCUUUUUCCUAGGGCCCGGCCUAGCAGAUUUGGAGAACUUCCUGUCUCUUCCUUCCAGUUGUCAUCAGAGAGCUUGAAGUUGGCUUGCAAAUCCUACCCCAUCCCCCAUUCACCUUCUCUUUGAAUCUCCCUCCCUCCUGUGACUUUUGUUCAGUUCUGGUUCCGUCCUGGGGCUCCAGGUGGUGGGUGGCAGUUCGGAUCAGAGCACGGCAGCUUAGCCUUUUAAUCUUCGGAUUCCAUCUGUGAAGCCAAAGCCUCAUCGUUCUCUGGCAGGAGAAAAAAGCUGGAAAGGCAAGCCCCACCUAUCCACAUACCCUCAUGCUGCUUCUUGGAGGGUACAGAAUCUGAGGGGUGGGGCUCCCCUUAGGGGAUGGGAGCUGCCUGCCCCUCAAAGAGAGUGGGCCAGACAGAGAGAGAGGGCAUGGACAGAGAAAGAGAGGAAAAGACGAGGAUGGGAGGUGGGGAGAGAUCUGGGAGUUGGGUGGGUGGAGGGAGGGAGAAAAAAAUUCUCUGGAACCAAGAAAAGGAGUGGGAUGUGGGGGACCUGCUGAGAAAAGAGGAGGGGAAUCAGCUGGACAUCAGGAAAAAGAGAAGUCUGAUUGGCCACACGCCUGCCUUGGCCAACUCCCCCGUCCUCCCCAGGCAGCUGUCUACCCAGGCCCCUCCGUGUGUCUUGACUUUUCCAUCGGAGUCCCCACGCCUCUGGAAGCCGUGAGGCUGGACUUGGAACUUGAAGAGUCUACAAGGCCCGCCAUGAAGCCCCCGGCCUUCCUGAGCCUGCUGGUCCUGAUGCUGCAGGGAGCAGUGUCUCUCCCAGAGGAGGAGAGGGGCAGCAGAGAAGGCCAGCUGGGUGGGGAGGGGGACUCCAACACAGCUCUGCGUCUAGGGGACCGCGUCCUCGCUAACCUGAGCCACUAUGAUGAGCCCGUGGACUCCGAGGACCAGCUCCCCAAGGUCAAAGGGACCAGCCUGGCUUCUUCAACUGGGAUGAGUUCUGCUCAGAGCACGAGGGCCCCAGGGACAGCCCUUUCAAGCCCCACAGUGGCCAGGCCCACUGUGCUGGGCCUGCCGGCGCCCCCGAUCAGCCACGGCUUGCCCACCUGCCUGGUCUGUGUGUGCCUUGGCUCCUCCGUGUACUGCGACGAUAUUGACCUGGAGAGCAUCCCGCCCCUUCCCCAGACGACGGCCUACCUGUAUGCCCGCUUCAACCGCAUCAGCCGGAUCCGGGCCGGGGACUUCAGAGGGCUGACCAAACUGAAGAGGAUUGACCUCUCUAGCAAUGUCAUCUCCUCCAUCGAGGACAAUGCCCUCUGCCUGCUGCCUGCUCUGAAGGGUCUGAUCCUCCCUGAGAACCAGCUGGCAGCACUGCCUGCGCUGCCCGCAGGCAUCGAGGUCCUGGACGUCCGCCGGAACCGGCUCCAGAGCUCAGGGAUACAGCCUGAAGCCUUCAGGGCGCUGGAGAAACUGCAGUUCCUCUACCUGGCUGACAACCUGCUGGACUCCAUCCCCAGGCCCCUGCCCCUGAGCCUGCGCUCCCUACACCUGCAGAAUAACUUGAUAGAGACCAUGCAGAGGGACACCUUCUGUGACCCCGAGGAGCACAAGCACACCCGGAGGCGGCUGGAAGACAUCCGUCUGGACGGCAAUCCCAUCAACCUGAGCCUCUUCGCCAGCGCCUACUUCUGCCUGCCCCGGCUCCCCGUUGGCCGCUUCACCUAGCGCGCCCUCCCCCUUCCCGGGUAAGAGCCCUCGAGGACGGCGGCCAAGGGCGUGGGCCUCCUGCGCCCAAGGGCCCGGCCCCUGUCUCUGAACAGUGGUCUUUCAUCCAGGCGUCAAUCAGCCUCGUGAUCCAAAUACAAAAAUUCCCG